UCCUUCCAGCAGACGUUCAUUUCAGUUACGUUAUUCACUGCAACAUGAAGGAAAAUGCAGAAGCUAAAGAUUCGUCUGAAGAAGCCAGUGAGCCUCAGCUUGGGCCAAGAGCUACAAAAAUCAAGGAGAGACUUCGUCAUAACAUAGAUGACGAUGAUGAUUUGGUUAUCAGCAAAGAGGACUCCGGGGUCCAAUAUGCUAACAAAGCCGGGAAGACAUUCACUGAUGCACUUCAUACUCGGGAGAAGAUCCUGCACUCCCUGGUCAAACAAGGAUGCACUAUGGUGGGAAACGUGGAAGUGGCUGCCUUGAGUGGCGAGGUCAACGCAGUGGUUGAGAGCGAGUGUCGGCAGGAAGCCUGGAGGAAGUCCCUGCAGGAGGACGGAGAGACGGAGAAGGCCCUGAAGAAGAUGAACGACCACUGGGAGCACGCAGCUACCAAGCUCAAAAUACCCGAGGAUCUCCAUGACAGUCUGUGUCAACUGAAACAGUGGAGUCACGAGCUAACCGACCAAAAACUGGCGGUUAUCGAAGGCCUGCGCGGGGAACUGAGAGAACUGGAAGGUACAUAUAGCGAAGAAAUCCUAGAGCACGCCAGAGAGAGGGCGGAACUUCUUCGGAGAAUCACCGAACAUGUUACCGAACUUCACCAGUCUUAUCGUGCGGCACUUAGAGAAGUUCAGGACGUGGCAGAUAAGGAGCGCAGAAGUCUGGUGAAACACUACAGCGAGGUCUGGGACGAGUCGGUGCAACAGCUCAACGACCAGAUGCAACAGCUGCUGCACCAACGCCUUAGCAAUCGAACUGCAAGGACAGACCAGAUCAUUGAGCUCAAAUUACACGGGGCUGCUCCGCACUCGGCGAUCAAGGAUAAGCUUGACUCUGACAUUGAAAAGGUUCUCGUGGAAGUUAUGAGGAUUAAAGCAGCACAGCAAAUGGAAGAAAGCCAGCUGAGAUACAACCAGCACGUCCUCCAGCAGCAGUACAGAGAAACGACCGCUCUUGUUAGCGAAGGACGCCGUUCGCUGAAUGCACUCAUGCCUACUCUGAACAGCUUUAGGAGGAAGGUCGAAGCAGCAGAGGAAGGCAGAGCGCACAGCGAGCAGACAGCCCUGCGAGAGAUCGCAAGAAUCAAGGAGUUGACCCAGCAAUAUCGAUCCCGUCUGGCAAAAACGACUGACGUGUACACUCGCCAGUCUCGCGGUCUGGCACACAUGCAUUAUGGAAUCAUGCACGAUUUGGUGACGAAGAUCGUGGACACUGAAAGGGCCAUUCAACACGGGGUGCUUGCCAGAGAAUGGGUCGAACCAGACCUCUCUGGUCUGACCGAUCUGUGCCCUGCUCUGAAUCCUAGACACACCCCUGCCCUUGCAGCCGCCUCAAGGAUUCUAGCUCCUCCCGAAGAGGAUUCCUUGGAAGGGUCAGUCAGCGGAGAAACCAGCGCCGAUGAAGAAUUCCUUGCAGCCCUCGCUGUCGAAGCCGUGUUUUUGGUUGACGAAGACACCUCCCACAUGCAACACCACGGUCCACUCCUCAUGCUAGAACACAUUUUUUGGGAACUGGCCAUUCGAACAGAGGCAGACGUCCUGAAGUUACUGAAGAUCGCUCGAAGGCAUCUUCUCAGUCGACCUCAAAGACCAAGGCUACACAGAGAAGAAGAGGAGGAGGAGGAAGUAGACGAUGCUGACGACGAAGGGAUCUCCCUUCAAGCCAGAGAAAAACUUUUCUCGGCGGAGGACAUUCUCACCAUUCUCGUGGCAUUUUCGUCAUCCAGGGGAGGAAGCGCAGCAGUUCACGUGGAAGGCAAAGACGGGUUGGUCCGCCCUCCCGAGUACGCGGAAGAAGAAGAGGAAGGCACCCGGUGGCAAAACUUCAUUGGCGCCUUCUGCAAGAGAUCCCAGGCUUGGUCGACCAUCCGCGGUGCUCUCACUCAAUACCACCUCGUUCUCACGGAGAGGCUGGAGGAGACGAAACGUGUCGAAGCCCUCCGCAGAGAGAAUGCAGAAUUAAGGUACCUCCUGCAGGAUGUCUCCGUCGAAGAAUGAGGAAAUGAGGAUUCACUUACAUGGCAUUAUUCUUUUGGGAAAAAUAAAACAUUUAUUCAGCCAUAAAUGCAAAAUAAUUUAAAUGAGGAUAAGGAAUUUAUUGCUGAAAACUUUGUUUAAGCAACUCGGGAAAGGUUUUGGUGGGAGAUAUAUCCUUAACUAUUUCCAUUUGAUCAUUGUAAUAAAAAAAACUGUAAGGUUCUAUUAUCGUUUCAUUGACUCGCUUACACUAAAAAUCGAAAGUCUAGGAAUGCAUUAAUGGGAAAGAACUGAAGGUUGUGUAGAGAGCCGCUAUUUUCGGGACAAAUUCUAUUUGCUCCCCAUGUUAACGUCAUUAUUCCACACCACCUGCUUGUUUUCUCAAGCGCGGUUCGUUCCAGUCGAAUUCCCGAAGAAUCGUUUCGAAUUUAUCAAUAACAGGAUUGUAAAUUCUGUAUUUUUCGGUGGUCAGUUAGUGACAAAAUACGUGUAAUUUUCCCUGUUGUCUUCUUACUUUGUUUGAAUUCGAUACUGUUACUUCGUGUUUAUAUCUGAUCCUGUUACUUUGUUUAAAUCUGAUCCUAUUACUGUUGGUUUAACUCUGAUCCUGGUAUUUUAUGCGUUAAUCUGUUUUCACGCUUUAUAAUAUAUCAACAUGGUUGUUUUCAUGCUUUAUCAUAUUAACGGAAGUUGUUUUCACACUUUAUUGUAUCAACGUGAGUUAUUUCCCCGCCUUU